UACUUUAUUAGCAACCUACACAUACAUGAAUUCUCUCUUUAAAAACCCCAAACAAAUGACAGAUCCAACUUCUUUGACUAAUGGAACUUGUCAUAAAACUCACCCUCUUCAUCACUUUCAUCCUCUCCUCCCACAAAAUCCAAGCUCAAAAAAACCAUUGCCCACCACAAUACUGUGGAACCAACCCCUUACCUAUCCAAUUCCCCUUCACACUGCAGGGACAUCAGCAGCCUCAAAACUGCGGCGGCUACCCCGGCUUCUCCCUCACUUGCUCCGGCGAUAUUGGAGGGAGAGGAGCCCCUCUCUUGACCCUCCCAUAUUCCAGAAACUUCUCCGUCCGCUACAUAAGCUACCUCAUUCAAGAGAUCCAACUCUACGACGCGGACGGCUGCCUCCCGCGGAAGCUCAUGGCCCUCAACCUGACCUCCUCGCCCUUCGAGGCCAUGUACAUGGACGAGUUCGUCUUCCUCAGCUGCCCCCGGGCCGUGGUGGCCGGGACGGGCCUCGCCACCGUCGACUGCCUCGGGAACUCCACCUCCGCGGUCGUGGCCACCACUUCGGGGACCCUCUCCGGGUCGAUGAGCAUGUGCACGCCUAUGUUCACGCUCCCGAUCCCCGUGUCGUGGGACGACGGCGGCGGAGGAAGUGGAAGUGGUGAUUGGCUGUCGUCGGAUGUUAAGGACCUAAAUCCGUAACGUCGAUUUCCACACAAGAUCAAGAAACGAGAUGUCGUCGUUGUCGAGCGCCCAACGUUGGGUCGU